AUGUCACGUCACGUGGAGUACUACGUCCGGUCCUGCCACGCUUGCCGGAGAAUCCACAGGAGGGCCACAAUCCAGGAGGGAUCGUUGCAACUGAGGGCCAUUCCCGAAGAACCUAACACGGUCGUAUCACUUCAUCACUUUGGUCCCUUGGAAGAGUGUGAUGGCUACCGAGAUGUGCUUGUGUGCGUCGAUCAUGCCACACGAUAUGUGGAAGCAGGCGCAGUCACCUCAACAUUAAAAACGUUCUACCUGGACUUUUUAAUGGAUCGAUGGACACCAAGGUUUGGUGUCCCCAAGACCAUCGUGACCGAUCAAGCAAAGGGCUUCGUCAACAAGAGGACAGCACCUGUGCACCGACGUCUAGGAAUAGCACACGUGACAACUCCGCCGUACUGGCGUCAGGCCAAUGGUCUGGUGGAACGGAUGGUAGGAAUCCUAAAGAACGUACUCCGAAAAUUAUCGAGUCUCACUCGGAUUGGAAUGAGAGACUUGCAGAAGCAGAACCGAGACCGAGCAAGACAAAACUUGGAGAAAAGCCUAGCGAACGCUAAACGACUUUACGACGGCAAACACAAGGCUCCAAACUUCCGGAUCGGUGACACUGUCUACUGCACAAUGGGCCAUCGAUGA